CAGUGGGGGAAAAAAGGCUGCAGGUUUGUUGUAGUGAGUUUAUCACUGAGACAGGGGUCAAGUGAAAGACAAAGAAAAAUGGCGAAUGCAUUCAUUUACUGGCUUCAGAGCACCAAGCUUUCUACUUUACAAUGUGUCCUGUCUGCAUUGCACUGCAGCUGCGUUUGGGGCUCUCUGCAUUUGAGAAGCUUUUUGAUUGCUGGCCUCCUUUUUUUUGGAGCCUAGGAGUGUCUUCCACUGCUCCUUUUCCUCUCCUUCCGGACCUGGAGAGGAAAGAGUACAUUCGUACCAUGAAGCUGGAUGUUGGGCUUUCUUGUGUUGGACUCAUUCUAGGUUGUUGCUGCCCCAUUGAUCAGCCUUUCGUCUGAAUCAAGGCCUAGGAAUGUCUAACACUGCAGAUGGUUCGUUUAGUACAGCCUCUCAGGGAGGUGGCAGCAGUGAAGCCCAGCACUUGCUCCAGACGUUCUGGCCACGUGUCAUGGAAGAGAUACGCAACCUGACGCCAAAUGAUUUCAAGGUGCAAGAUCUUCCCUUGGCUCGUAUCAAGAAGAUUAUGAAGCUUGAUGAAGAUGUAAAGAUGAUCAGUGCAGAGGCACCAGUGCUGUUUGCGAAAGCAGCUCAGAUUUUCAUUACAGAGUUAUCCUUACGAGCAUGGAUACACACUGAAGAUAACAAACGCAGGACUCUGCAGAGGAACGACAUUGCCAUGGCCAUUACUAAGUUUGAUCAGUUUGAUUUUCUGAUUGACAUUGUUCCUAGAGAUGAGCUCAAACCUCCAAAACGACAGGAAGAAGUUCGCCAGACAGUUCCAAGCUCAGAGCAAGUGCAGUACUACUUCACAUUAGCUCAACAGCCCACAACUGUGCAAGUACAGGGGCAGCAACAGGGCCAACAGGGCUCUGGUAGCACAACCAUACAACCAAGUCAGAUCAUCAUUGGACAACCGCAACAGGGACAGGUAGUGCAAGGAGCUACUGUCCAGCAGUUACAGCAAGUACAGGUUGCACAAUCUCAGACUACAGCAUCUUCCAUUACGACUGCCCCGGUGACAAUGCAGGUUGGAGAUGGACAACAGGUACAGAUUGUUCCAGCACAGAAUCAAACACAGCAGACUCAGUCCAAUUCAGGACAGACCAUGCAGGUCAUGCAACAGAUUAUCACCAACACUGGCGAGAUACAGCAAAUACCGGUGCAAUUGAAUGCAGGACAACUGCAGUAUAUUCGGCUAGCUCAGCCUGUAUCUGGAACUCAAGUGGUCCAGGGACAAAUCCAGACCCUUGCCUCAGGAACUGCACAGCAGGUAGGACAAGCAGAAGUUCAACAGGGACAACAGCAACAGCAGCAACAGUACAGCCAGUUUACUGACGGACAGCAACUAUACCAGAUUCAACAGGUUACCAUGCCAGCAGGACAGGACAUUACCCAGCCUAUGUUCAUCCAGUCCACGAACCAGACUACAGAUGGGCAACCUACUCAGGUCACGGGGGAAUAGUGCAAAGGGAUUGGACAGCUGAAAUCAACUGCCAUAGAAGCCAUUGUAUAAAUAGUAAAGUCACUAAAUAACCAGGAUGGAAAAUGACUCUUUUUGAAGUUUUCUUUUUCUGUUGCAUUGUGCUAAGUGAAAAUAAUUGUACAUACGUAAAUUGCAAUAAACUCCUUUCCGAGUAAUGCUUUGUAAACCCGUGAGAGGACAAGGAGGAGAGUUCCUCCUUAUGCUGAUUACCCUGUACCAUCAUUGAUCAUAUUGCUGUCAUUCUAUUCAUUUGUACAGUGUUGUUGCUCACCAAGGUUAAUCAGCUUUUUUCUUAAAAAAAAGGAACAUAAUGCAGUAAAUCUGCGUUUAAAAUAGAUCUGAGUUACAUGGAGGUAAACUUAUAAACUGUGUUCCUUGGUUCACCUAUCAGAAAGUCUAAUUCACAAUUUCUCCGUAACAGGUUUAUAAACCAGAGUUCUCAGAAUGCUGAAUCAAGACCUGUAUAUGUAAAUUGGUGAAAAUUGAAGAAUUGAUCACUGAGAGAUUUUUAUAGUGAAGCAUUAGCAGGGAAUGUUCAACAUCAAUGAAAAAGUCUUUUAACAGUGGAAUUCCAAUAGGAGUGUUAGAAUAUAAAAUAUGACCAAAGCUUAAUAGAGGAAAAUGAGCUGUAGUCAGGGAAAUGCAGGGAGCAAAUUCAUGAACUUGGGGCUAAACAACUGAAGGCACAGACACUGAUGGGCGAACAAUUUUAAAUUGAUGAUGCUGAAGAAAUUUGAACUAGACGAGUGCAGAUUCCUUGGAAGGCUGUGGGCUUGAGGCAAUAGGAGGGAAUGAGUCUUUGGAUGGAUUUGAAACCAGGAUGAAAAUUUAAAAAUGACGACUAACAUUCAAAGUGCUGUGUAAAUUAGAGACCAAGGUCUAGUCUCCUCCAGAGAGGAAUAGAAAGAGACACCUUAGAGAAUUCUGGUGAAAUGUUGAACAAUGUUUGUAAACUGUGCUCUCCAACUCAACAACUACAGUCUUAUACUACUGUUGGAAAAAGUGGGAUUAAACUUUAAAUAUUAA